CAUGUCCGUUAUUGUUAGCUUUGGUCCUACAGAGCCAACAGAGAGUAGUAGAAGAAGAAGAUGAAGAUGAAGAUCAGAGGUUUUUAGAGCUAUACCUAACUUUAGAUUAAUCAUCAGAGCAUGCGAGAGACUUGAAGCUAUCAACAACAAUGGGUUUUACUCGAUUCUCAAUCACGUGAUUUUGAAACUUUCUCUUCUAUUUUCUCUCUCUCUCUCUCUCUCUCCGUCGUGUCUCUCGUUGCUCUGAAAAAACUCUCGUGACGGUGGUCCAUGGAGGUGGAUGUGGCAUCUGUGCUUGAGUUUCUCCGGAGGAACGGUUUAACGGAGGCGGAAUCUGCUCUGAGAGACGAUAUCAACGAGAAAAACCAACUCGCUUCUUUCGAUUUCGAGAAGUUUCUGUUCCCGAUUCCGCCUCCGAUCAGAAUCACCGCGGGUACUCUUCCUCCUUCUGUUACCGCCGGUGAAGAUGCCGGCGAUAAUGGGUCCAAGUCUUCUUCCGACGACGAGUUCGUCAGCUUGGACUCUUCCACUUCAUCUUCCGGGUUUGUGAAUCCGUAUGGAGAUGGUUCGUCAUCAACUGAUUCUCAGUCUCAGUUUGGGACGGCUCGUACAUACCCCGAGUGGAGUGAGUUUUACUUGCAGACCAACAACAACGUAGAGACAGAAGAUGAAGAUGAGUUCAUGUCUCCUGCAUUUAGAGAAUCUGAUUUCUUCAUCUUCCCUGCACUUACACAAGAUAAGUUCAUCACAGAUAACCAAUUCGAAGAUAAGCUCGGUGUCUAUGAUAAAUCAUCCGAAGGAUCACAAACCGAAGCAAGUCUUGAUUACUUAGAUAAGCCCUUUGUUCUCAACAACAAUGUGGAGGACGACUCAAAAGAUUACAUUGGUCUGGAUGAUAAAAACUCUGAGCUCGAGAGAGAGUGUUUCGAUGGGGAAAUGUUGGGAUUUAGUUUUGAAGAAGAUACAAAAGAUGAUGAUGAUUUGAAGACCGGUGAUCAAGUGAAUGUAACAAGUGAAGAGAUCGAUGUUGUUCAUGAGCUUGAAGAAGAUGAAUAUGAAGUAUUUAAUCUUAGAAUCAUUCACUGGAAAAAUAGGACGGGUUUCGAAGAGAACAAGGAUUUACCAAUCGUGCUGAAUUCAGUGAUUGGAGGGAGAUACUACAUUACGGAAUACAUUGGUUCUGCUGCAUUUAGCAAGGUGGUUCAGGCCCAUGAUCUUCACAAUGGGGUCGAUGUUUGCCUUAAGAUUAUCAAGAACGACAAAGAUUUCUUUGAUCAGAGUUUAGACGAGAUCAAGCUCUUGAAACAUGUCAAUAAGCAUGAUCCUGCUGAUGAACACCACAUCCUGCGCCUCUACGAUUACUUCUACCACCAAGAGCAUCUGUUUAUUGUGUGUGAACUUCUACGAGCAAACUUGUAUGAAUUCCAGAAAUUCAACCAAGAAUCCGGAGGAGAUCCAUACUUUAACUUGACCAGACUACAGGUUAUAACGCGGCAGUGUUUGGAUGCUCUUGUGUUCCUUCACGGAUUAGGAAUCAUACAUUGUGAUCUCAAACCUGAGAAUAUACUGAUAAAAAGCUACAAAAAAUGUUCGAUAAAAGUCAUCGAUCUUGGAAGCAGCUGUUUCCGCUCUGAUAACUUGUGCUUGUAUGUACAAUCACGUUCCUAUAGAGCUCCUGAAGUGAUUCUCGGACUUCCAUAUGAUGAAAAGAUCGAUUUGUGGUCUCUCGGGUGUAUUUUAGCAGAGCUCUGCUCUGGUGAGGUUCUGUUUCCAAACGAGGCAGUAGCGAUGAUAUUGGCUCGGAUUGUGGCGGUUUUAGGUCCUAUAGAAACGGAGAUGCUAGAGAAAGGUCAAGAAACACAUAAAUACUUCACCAAAGAGUUUGAUCUCUACCACCUAAACGAGGAGAGCAAUGAGAUUGAAUACAUAAUCACAGAAGAAUCUAGCUUGGAAGAUCAGUUACAUGUUAAUGACGAAUUGUUCGUAGAUUUUGUAAGAAGUCUACUUGAGAUCAAUCCAUUGAGACGUCCAACGGCUCUCGAGGCACUUAACCACCCUUGGCUCUCUUCUUUUUCUUACAAUUGAUUUUACGUUUUGUUUUCCUUUUUGGCGGCUUCUUGUGUUGUCUGGUUCUGUCUGUUUCUCCUGUUUUUUCCCCCUCGUGGAAUCAUGUCUGUGAUUUUUUUUGGUCGCUUUGAUUUGGUAAUUGUGAGAUUACAUGUGUAUAGAACUGUUUACAUUGAUUUCACAUUGUAAAUAGAAAGUUUGUGUUUUACAAUAAUAGAC